UCAUUCUUAUUUCCAUUAUUUUGACAUUUCUGAUUUCAGUGUCAACCGCUACAUAUUUCAUUGAGAAAAGUUGAUUUUCGUGCGUAUUUCACCUUGUAUUUGCUUUAUAUCCUGUAAUAACAAAGUAAAGUGUCGAGUACGAUACAGAUCAUGAUAAGAAACUAGGAUGCAUCUCUGGAAUCUUGUGAAAAACAUGUGACACGAAUACGAAAAAGGGCUUUCAUACCGUCAAUGUGACAGAAAUGUUUUCUGCCAUCGUGACGAGCCAGCGCUACUGCGGAGCCGUAACGAUAUCGAGGCGUGAUAAACGAACGGCGAUAUAGAGCGACGUCAAAGAUGAGCGCGAGAUGGCCAGUCCACCACCGAACCCUAGAGAAGGUGAGGAGGGCGGCUCCGAGUUCGCGGAGGAAACGAGAAGUGAACGUACGCCCGCCCCGCAGAAGACGUUCAUAGCACCUCCCGCCUCACAGCUGCAGACGAAGUUGGAGUUUGUAGCUCGCGGUGGCACUGGUCGAAGUGUAAAGCACACAUUCAGAACCGUGAAAGUGGCGCGGAGGGUGCCCACGCUGCCGUUAAAGCCGUAUGAAGAGGGUUCGGGCGGCGCGAGUGGCUCCAGUGAAGCAGGUGGAUCUGGCCUGGGCAGAGGCUCGGUGCCCACCCUGGAGCGUCGCCCGCGCCGCGAUCGAAGCAAACGACAUGUCUGCAAUGCCUGUGACAAACGAUUCUCUAGCCCGGGUAAACUCAGUCAGCACAUAUUCUCUCACACAGGUGAGCUGCCAUUUGCUUGUAACUUUUGUGAAAAACGUUUUAAUUCUAGAUUCAAACUUGUGAGGCACAGCCUUAUACAUAGUGAAGAUAAAGCCUUCUCUUGUACAGUCUGUGGCAAGACUUUCAGUCGAAAAGAUCAUCUCACUAAUCAUGUCCGUGUACAUAAUCCUGAAAAAACACUUUAUACUUGUGAGAGAAAUGAUUGUAAGAAGUCUUACACAUCUCUGCUUAGUUAUCGUAAGCAUGCAGCGCUUCAUUCAGCUGAAGAGGGCAACUUACAAUGUAAGAUAUGUGAUGAAGUUUUUAGUACAAAACAGGAAAUAGUUUAUCACCUAAAAGUUCAUACUGGCAGUCGUACUAUUAAGAGUGAGACUGAUAAGAAAUUUACUUGUGAACGCUGUGACCGAAAGUUUUUUACUGCAAAAGAUGUAAGGCGUCAUCUCGUGGUACACACAGGUAGACGUGAUUUUUUAUGUCCAUAUUGCCCCCAAAAGUUUGGAAGAAAGGAUCAUCUGGUCAGGCAUGUCAAAAAUGCUCAUCCAGAUCAAUCCUGGCGGUCAGCAGCAGUAGGAACCUCUAAAGAUCCACCUCCUGAGGCCACAGCAUUUGAAAAAAGCUUUUCGUCAUUUGAUAUAGAGAUACCUGGGUCUGAAUUUGAUGUCUGGAAACCGGUAUCUCCCAAGCAGGAGACUAUUGAAGGCAGGACAGAUGUACCAGCAUCAGAUAUCAUUGUUGAAAUUCCUGACCUAGAACUGCCAAAUAUAAAAGUGGAGCCAUUAGAUAUUAAAUUAGAAGUAUCAAGGUCACCCAGUGAAAUGCUGGACUACCCUGUUGUGUAUGUCGUCCCUCCACCCUACUCCCAAACAACACCUGAACUACCUUAUAUUACAACACAGGAUUUGAGUGACACUAUGAAUUUGCUUGGUUCGGAUAAUGUUGAAUCUAUGCUUAUAGAUCCUGGGGAAGGACCAUCAGGCCUUUCUAGAGAAAUGUUAGGACUAUUAGAUGAGAAUAAUACAACAUUUUCAAGUGAGGAAAGUGGACGCAGUCAACGUUUGCCUGCCUUUACUCAAGCAUUUCAAACUGCUCAAAGCCCGAAACCCCCUCCCCCACCUGCCCCUCCUCAUUAGUAUUUUUUAGUUCACUGUGCAUUUUUUAAACCGAACUACCUCAUUAGGUAUGAUUGGUCUAUAAUAAAAAUUUAGAUCAACUACUUAAAGUACUGUUUUUAUAUCAGGGCGAUAUUAGAUGCCAUUAGUCUCAGGUAUACCAAAUUGUUUCCGAAUUCUACAUGAAAUAUCUAGUCGUGUAUGUUCUUUCGGAAUUGUAAAUUGUAAUUUGUAGCAUACAUGUCUAACUUAUGAAGUAUAGAUGGGACCAACUCUAUGUGUGACAUAAAAGUAGAAUAAUAAGAGGUGUGAAAUGGCUAUUCUGUAGAAUAUUUCAAAGGAUUAAGCGAGAAGGUAUAUUACUCUUGAAAUCAGUGAACUUUAAUUAUAUGUUCUUGAGUGGUUCUCUGGUUUCUGCGUGAAUUAUAUUAUAAGAGUGUAUACCUUGCGAUAGGAGCAUAAUAAUGAUUAUGUGAAAUGGCAACAUCAGAUCUGUCUAAUGAGAACAAAAUAUGCAUUGAGUUGAGUUAAUUUUCAAGCAGACUUCAUUUACUUCAUGUUUAGAAUGUCAUAUGAAUCAUGCUGAUAUUGUAUUAGAAUGAGUUUUACACUUUCAGGUAAAUAUUAUCUAUAGAAGCAACACCUUCCUUAGGAUUAAGAUUCAAUAUUGGACCGAUCCAUUUACAAUAGAAAACUAUCUUGUGCCAAACUACUUUAAAGCAAAGCAAAACUGCUGAGUGUUAGCUUUUGUAGAAUCCUAUUAUAUAUGAAUCAAUGUGUUCAUUUUUA